AUGAGGUUGGAAUGGUCUUCGACUUGUCUAGUAGAAGAAGAAGAAGUAGGAUACCAUAUUAGAGAUGAUAGAAGGACACCUUCCUAUAGCAUUGAUGACAACAAUGACUUCUUCGAGUUCCCUUUACCAGGAUUCGGAAAAGACUACAUUACAGGAACAUACAAAAUAGUGUGGUUACAUAACAUUAACAAGCACAACACCACCUUAUUAUGCGAGAUUUUCGAUUUCAGAGUCAACCAAUGGAGGCAGGUGACUCCACCUCCUCCUGAUCAUUGCUUAAACCACACCAACUUACCAACUUUUGCAAACGGAUGGCUUUAUUGGUUCCACCAAGACACGACGAAACUGAUUGCUUUUGAUCUUCACAUGGAGAUGUUUCAAGUCAUUCCAAAUCCUAUUAUUGAGACAUCAUCAUCAUCUGUUGUUGAUAUGCAACUCGGAAGCAUAGACGAUGAUCGUCGUCUUGUGUGGGCUUCAGAGACGAAUGGAGAUGGCAUGCAACACGUUUGGAGGCUCACUAACCACAACACUGGAGGGGCAUUAAGAAUGGACAAGAUGUUUUAUUCCAUUGACUUGAACAAGAUUACCACCACUUUCUCUAAUCCUCGUUAUUAUACUUCGCUCUUCUUCCUUGGUGCAAUUUCCAAGAAUGGUAACAAGUGCAAUUAA